AUGGCGUCAGAUACCCCCCUCUACAUUGGAUUUGAUCUCUCGACGCAACAAUUGAAGGGAUUAGUUGUCAACUCCGAUCUUAAAGUAGUCCAUGUUGCCAAAUUCGACUUCGAUGCCGAUUCGCAUGGGUUCCCGAUCAAAAAAGGUGUUCUGAAUAAUGAAGCCGAACAUGAAGUGUUUGCCCCGGUCGCUCUGUGGCUACAAGCAUUGGACGGUGUUCUAGAAAGCUUGCGCAAGCAAGGUCUUGAUUUCAGCCGUGUGAAAGGAAUCAGCGGUGCGGGACAGCAGCACGGAAGUGUAUACUGGGGUCAGAAUGCGGAGUCACUUCUCCGCAAUCUUGAUUCUAGCAAGUCCCUUGAGGCACAGUUGGAAGGCGCUUUCUCCCAUCCAUACAGUCCCAAUUGGCAAGACUCGAGCACCCAGAAAGAAUGUGAUGAGUUUGAUGCAGCUCUCGGUAAGCCUGAAGAUUUGGCGCAGGCCACUGGAAGCAAAGCACACCAUAGAUUCACAGGUCCCCAAAUCCUCCGAUUUACAAGGAAAUACCCCGAGAUUUAUAAGAAAACCUCGAGAAUCUCAUUGGUGUCAUCUUUCUUGGCAUCGCUUUUCCUAGGUCAUGUAGCCCCAUUCGACAUCUCCGACGUGUGCGGGAUGAACUUGUGGAACAUCAAGAAAGGGGCGUACGACGAGCGCCUGAUUCAGCUUUGCUCGGGUGUUUUUGGAGUUGAGGAUCUUAAGCAGAAGCUCGGUGAGGUACCGGAAGAUGGAGGCCUACACCUAGGCCCCGUUCACGCAUAUUUCAGAGAGCGUUUCGGCUUCAGUUCCGAUUGCACGGUUAUUCCAGCAACUGGCGAUAAUCCAGCGACCAUUCUUGCCCUGCCACUGUUGCCAUCAGAUGCAAUGGUUUCGCUCGGCACAUCUACUACUUUCCUCAUGUCAACCCCCAGCUACAAACCCGAUCCGGCCACACACUUCUUUAAUCAUCCUACCACCCCCGGUUUGUACAUGUUCAUGUUGUGCUACAAGAACGGCGGCUUGGCCCGUGAGCACGUCCGAGACGCGAUCAAUGAGAGCCUGAAGGAUACCCCUGCCCAGCCCUGGGCCAACUUUGACAGAAUUGCGCUGCAGACUGCCCCGUUGGGCCAACAGAACCCAACGAGCCCAAUGAAGAUGGGUCUGUUCUUCCCGCGGCACGAGAUCGUACCAAACAUCAGGAAGGGCCAAUGGCGCUUUACAUACGAUGCCAACACAGGAAAUCUACAAGAGACGACCGAUGGAUGGAACUUGCAGGACGAAGCCCGUGCAAUCAUUGAGAGCCAGUUCCUUUCACUGCGGUUGCGGUCUCGAGACCUUACCCAGAGCCCUGGCAAUGGACUUCCCGCCCAGCCACGCCGAGUUUAUCUCGUUGGCGGAGGAUCUAAGAACAAGGCUAUUGCCAAAAUUGCUGGCGAGAUCCUCGGCGGUGUUGAAGGUGUAUAUUCACUCGAUGUUGGCGACAAUGCCUGCGCCUUGGGUGCUGCAUACAAAGCCGUUUGGGGUAUCGAGCGACAGCCUGGUCAAACAUUUGAGGACCUAGUUGGACAGCGUUGGAAUGAGGAGGAGUUCAUUGAGAAAAUUGCAGAUGGUUAUCAAAAGGGAGUGUUUGAACAGUAUGGUCAGGCCGUCGAGGGCUUUGAGAAGAUGGAACUGAAGGUUCUCCAGCAAGAAGCUGAGAAGGCCAAACAUGAAAACUGA